AUGGUGGAAGUGUCGGGCGCGGGCGGUGUGGCAACGCGCGCAGGAGCAUCCCCGGCCAGCGCUAGGUCGCGUUACGUCACGCCCCCACGCGCGCGGCGCUCGCGCCCGGCCCGGCGCCGCAGUGCUCGCUCGUCCGCCAUGUUCGCUGCACGCUCGCUCGCCGUGGUGCUCGCCGCGCUGCUCGCCGCGCAAGUCGCGCUCGCCUCGCCCGCCGCGCCGCGCCGCCGCCGCCAGCUCGCCGACGACAACGCUCUGCAGCCGCUCGACGGCGCGGCGGGCGACGAGCAGACGCGCGACAAGCGCAAGUUCGAGGGCGUCACCGAGGCCAAGUUCGGUAUCAAGAACGCCGUGCUGGGCUUCGUCUUCGGCAAAAUCAACUCGCUGAUCGACUCCAAGACGCGGCUGGUGGAGAACCUGGACAAGCAGAACAUCGAGAUCAACAAGCAGUACGGCAUCGAGGCGCCCAAGGGCGGCGGCCUGAGCUCGCUGAGCGGCAUCGUGGGGCAGGUCAUCGGGCCCAAGCUGCAGUUCCUGGCGCCCAAGCUGCAGGCGGUGAGCGGCCUGUUCGGCGGCUCGUCCGGCGGCGGCGGCUCAGGUGGGGGCGGGCUGGGCUCGCUGCUGUCGCUGGUGACGUCGCUGUCGGGCUCGUCGUCCGGCGGCGCCGCGGCCGGCGGCACCGUCGAGACCGUCGACUCCGACGAGGACGACGAGUAGCGCCCUGUGACCAGACCCUCCUUGCCCAGUGAACCCUUGCCGGCCCACAGCUCCCCCGUGACAUUCGAACCGCGAGCGCUGCAGGGAUGUUGCCAUAUCUAAACUAAACUACAUUUUCAUUAGAGGCUCUUCUAGAAUACAUAAAAUUCACGUCUUUUGUUAGUUUUAAGUUUAAAAGUUAUUAUGAAACAAAUACGUGUCAUGAAAUAAACAAUGUCACAUUUCACUUUCCAUACGAGCAGCCGUAAGCGCGCGUUUUGAAAUUUGAUAUAGAGUUUCCAGAUUCGGGAAUAUGCCUAUUCCGAGGGUAGAAAAGUUUGAAUGUCACGAGGGAUGGCCCCCAGUGUACAGUCCCCGGGCCCCCCUGUACAGUCCCCGGGUCCCCAGUGUACAUCCCGGGCCCCCGUGUACAUCCCGGGCCCCCCGUGUACAUCCCGGGCCCCAGUGUACAUCCCGGGCCCCCAGUGUACAUCCCGGGCCCGCGCUCUCAGCGCUUGUAUUUAUAUGUAAAUAGUAUUAGGUGAGUGUGGUGAUUAAUUAAAUAGUAUUUGGUUUUU